AUGGCUUCUCUCGCCAGUCGCGUUUCCAUAGUUCAGGGAGACAUCACAAAACUGCGCUGCGACGCGAUUGUUAAUGCUGCCAACAGGUCCCUCCUCGGAGGUGGAGGAGUAGACGGUGCAAUUCAUCGAGCCGCUGGGAGGAAACUGUUGGAAGAAUGUAGAACGCUGAAGGGUUGCGAAACUGGCCAAGCGAAGAUAACCAAAGGCUACAACCUGCCAGCUAAACAUGUGAUACACACCGUCGGACCAAACGUCUACAGAGGAGAAAACAAAGAACUGCUCCGAGACGCGUACCAAAACUCGCUCAACGUCGCCAUCGAAAACAAACUAAAAUCAAUCGCAUUCCCUUGCAUAUCCACUGGCAUCUACGGCUAUCCACAAGAGGAUGCCGCCCAUGUAGCGUUAAAUGUGACGAAGAAAACGCUCGAGGAAAACGAAGUGCUCGAACAGGUCAUCUUCUGCGUCUUUCUCGACAGCGACAGAAAGAUUUACGAAGAGCUCAAGCCAAAGUACUUUCCGGAAGCGGAGAAGUCCGCAGAAGGAAAAAAGGAAGAAAACGGAUCUUCGGAGUCCGAUUUACUCAAUCUUCCAGACGUGCCUUCAGAGGAGCCAGUACCGAAGUUGGCCAAAAUCGAGCCGGAAAAAGAGGCAGCCGAAACUCCUGACGAGCAAAAAAUAAAAGAAGAAAAAUCUGAGUUAUAA